AUGGAUACAACAACAACAUCCACACAUAACCUACCCAUUCACAAGCAUCCUCUUUUACCUUCAGCUCGGUUUUUUACUGCUGAAUGUGGUGGCUGCCAUUUAACAGAAACUUUGUACGGCGGCUACUUUUGCAAUGAGGCUUCAUGUAAUCGUUGGUUCCAUAAAGAGUGUGCGGAAGCCCCUCUAGAGAUCAAUCAUCAUCCUUCCCAUUCAAAGCAUCCUCUCCUGCUCACUAUUGACUCUCCAACCAAAGAUGAUACUCCAUGUGAUUCUUGUGGGCAAAAUAUUUUGUCCCCGUUUUAUACUUGUCCCAAAUGUGAGUUCAAAGUGGAUUUAAUUUGUGGGAUUAAACCAUCGCCAUCUGUUAUUGAACACCCGGUGAGUCAUGACCAUCCACUAGUUUUCUUUAAGAAACGAGAGGAGGAGAAAAAAGAAGUCCACCCUUGUGAAGUAUGCAAUGAAUCUAUCGGUGGACCUUUUUAUUCAUGUCUUGCAUGCAAUAAUGUAUACUUUCACUUGGAUUGUGUGCAUCUCUCAAAAGAGGUAAAUCAUCCUUGUCACUCAAGUCAUCCUCUUACAAUCAUCCCAGCUGAGUUGUUUUUUGAACGAAAUUGUACUCUAUGUUACACUAGAUCAAGAAGUUAUUAUCAUUGUUAUAGUUGCAAUCUUCCUGUGUGCCUUGGUUGUACCAAACGUCCACCACCUCUGGUUGUCGAUCAUACCAAGACUCACAAUCAUCCGCUUAGGCUCUUAUUAAGCGAAAUUGAGUUUACAUGCAAGCUUUGUGGAGUUAAAGAUUUCGUAACUGUGCUUUACGUAUGUAUUGAGUGUGGUUUCCUUGUCCAUAAAAACUGUGUUGGCUUACCCCAAGUCAUAAACAUCAAUCGUCAUGAUCAUCGUAUCUCUUUCACGUAUCGUCUUGGCAUCCAUGAGCUUACAGGAUGUGGAGUAUGUAGGGCAAAGGUAACACGGUACGACGGAGCAUAUUCUUGCUCGAUUUGCCCUAACUAUGCAGUUCACGUACGAUGCGCACUUGAUUCAACUGUAUGGAAUGGUUUGGAACUGGAAGGGGUACUUGAGACCAUCGAAGAUAUUUCUCCAUUUAAGGUGGUGGGUGAUAAUUUGAUACGUCAUUUCAUUCAUGGAAACCAUAAUUUACUGCUCUUGAAGGAUUACGUCAUGGUUCGUGAAUACUACGAGUGGUUACUAUGUGAUGCAUGUGUCUGUCCGAUUGGGUUCGGUCCAUUCUACAAAUGCCAGGAAUGUUCUUUCUUUCUACAUGAAAAAUGUGCUAAUCUUCCUAUGAAGAAAAUGCUUAUCUUUGACACUACAACAUACAAGUUGGAAUAUGUUGGAAGAUCUUUAUACUGUCUCUUGUGCGGUAUAUUAUCUAGUGGUUUUGUGUUCAAGUUGCAAGGUUUAAACAGGAAAUAUCAAUACGUGGAUGUACAUUGUGGUUCUAUUUCUGAGCCGUUCGACCACGAUGGGCAUAUGCAUCCCCUGUAUUUUGGUAAAAAAAUAAGGGAUUAUUGCUGCGGCUGUCAUAGAGUUUUAGAUGACAACAUGCUCACUUGUGGUAAUUGUAACUUUGACUUGUGUUUGUAUUGUGCUAAUUUGCCAGGGAAGAUAUGGCAUAUGCGCGAUGAGCACCCUCUCACUUUAUAUUAUGGCAUGGCCCAAGGAAGAAGUUUAUUUUUUAUGGAUAAAACUAUUGCCUAUGGAAAAAGUUGGUGCGAAGUUUGUGAGAUGGAGUUAAAUCUAACAAAAUGGUUCUUUGCAUGCUUUGAUUGUAGAGUCACUCUGCAUGUUCAAUGUGUAAUAGGAGAUUUCUCACAUCUCAAGCCAAAUUGUUGCAUUACCAUCAAGAGAAAAAAAUAUAAGGUGGUCCUUAACAACCAAAACACUCGGCCAUUUUGUAGACAAUGCAGGGAUCGAUGCAAGGUGCCACACAUCUUAAAAGAGGAUGAUGAAGAGAAGGAUGGAUACAUCUGCUCCAUUUCAUGUUUAUCGAGAUUCUCGGGUGCUAAAUUUCAUGGACUGGUAUAGAGAGUGAUCGGUGAUUGUUAUCAAAACAAAAGUUAUAUUUUUUUUUUCAACUUCUUUCUUUUACAAAAUAACUUAGUUUUCUCCCGAUCGUCUUUAUUGUAAAACUUGUAGUUGAAAAUAUAAUUAAGGAAUCUACUGAAA